CAUUAGGAUUUUGAAUUUCCAAAUACAUUUUCAGAAAAAAAAGAAUUAAAAGAUCCCAUUGUUGUUAUCCUCACAGUAAAUGCUUUUGCUUGAGAGAGAGUCUGUUAGAGGUUUUUUGUUUGUUUCUGUUUCCUUCUGUCACCCAGAAAACUAAAAAGCAAACAAAUUCAAGAAGAGAGAGAGAGAGAGAUAGCCUCAAAACCAAGUCCUAACCAUUGUUGAUAGAAGAGAAAGCUUUUCUUUUCUUGUUGCUUAUGGUGAAAGAAUGAAAGAGAGAGAGGAGGAGAAGUAAGAAGCAGAGAAAGUGUUUAGAGCUUUGCAUGUUCCUUUCUCUCCAAGUUUAUAUCUUCAUCGUAAAGUCUCUCAACCUUUGAUUCUGUUUUUUCCUCUUAUCCAUUUAUCCUCUUUCUUUUUCUCUCUCUCCUCAUAAUUCUAGCCACAAUCUUUUUAGGGUUUCACAAGUUCACUUAAAAAGUUGAAAAGAGUCUUUCUUCUUCAACUAUUGUAAAUGCGAAAUGGAUCGAAGAGAUGCAAUGGGAUUAUCCGGGUCAGGUUCUUACUAUAUCCAUAGAGGAUUAUCCGGGUCGGGUCCUCCAACGUUUCAUGGAUCACCACAGCAACAGCAAGGUCUUCGUCACUUACCUAAUCAAAACUCUCCAUUCGGGUCAGGCUCCACUGGUUUCGGAUCUCCUUCUUUACACGGUGAUCCUUCUCUGGCAACAGCAGCCGGAGGAGCCGGAGCUCUUCCUCAUCAUAUCGGCGUUAAUAUGAUUGCUCCUCCUCCACCUCCCAGUGAAACUCCGAUGAAACGAAAGAGAGGACGGCCUAGAAAAUACGGUCAAGACGGCUCUGUUUCUUUGGCUCUGUCGUCUUCCUCUGUUUCGACCAUUACUCCCAACAACUCUAACAAACGCGGCCGUGGUCGACCUCCGGGCUCCGGCAAGAAACAGAGAAUGGCUUCCGUUGGUGAACUGAUGCCUUCAUCUUCUGGAAUGAGCUUCACGCCACAUGUUAUCGCGGUUUCAAUAGGAGAAGAUAUUGCAUCAAAGGUUAUAGCUUUCUCUCAACAAGGUCCGAGAGCCAUUUGCGUUUUAUCUGCAAGUGGUGCAGUCUCUACUGCAACACUUAUUCAACCAUCAGCAUCUCCCGGAGCCAUUAAAUACGAGGGCCGGUUUGAAAUCCUAGCGUUAUCAACAUCUUAUAUAGUGGCAACUGAUGGAAGCUUCCGUAACCGAACUGGAAACUUAUCGGUUUCGCUUGCUAGCCCCGAUGGGCGUGUGAUUGGCGGUGCCAUUGGUGGGCCUUUAAUAGCUGCAAGUCCUGUUCAGGUUUGGUUUACACUUUUCUCUUGAGCUCUCAUAUUUCUUGGGAUUGAAUAAAGAUUCUUGGGUCUAUCAGGUUAUUGUAGGGAGCUUUAUAUGGGCAGCUCCAAAGAUCAAGAGCAAGAAACGAGAAGAAGAAGCUUCUGAAGUUGUUCAAGAAACUGAUGAUCACCACGUUCUGGACAAUAAUAACAACACGAUUUCGCCUGUCCCUCAGCAGCAGCCAAACCAAAACCUGAUUUGGUCAACAGGUUCAAGGCAAAUGGAUAUGCGUCAUGCUCAUGCUGAUAUUGAUUUAAUGCGCGGUUGAUGAUAGCGAGAAAGAACUCUGUGUAUAUAAAGCAUGGAAUCUAGGAAGAAGAAGAAGGAAUAUAAGCUAACCUCUGAACAAAAGUAUGUGGAAAUGUUAGGGAAAAAGAUUAUGUGGAAAUGUUAGGGAAAAAGAUUAACUCUAUUAGUGUACCUCUCAUAUCUCUAAGCUUGUUUGGUUUUACUGUUUCUGUGACUCUGAAGAUUUGCAGAGUUCCUUUCUUUCUCUGUUUUAGAUUGUUCAGUCUUUAUGUAAUUUGCUUGCAAUUCUGAUUCUACAGCUUAGAUUCAGUACAUUGUGUAGAAGUUUACAUGGGAACCUGAAAAUUGGGCAUUUCAUGGGCCUUCAUAUGAUCCAAUUUAUUUUCAUCAAAUUUGUAUUAGUACAUAAUUAAUUUUGUUUUUUAUAAUAGCUCAAUGUUU